GUCUUUCCUGCUCCAGAAGCUCUCCUCGCCUCCCGCUGCAAUCUCUCCUCUUUUCCAGCCGUGUUUGUGGGAGUGCGUGAUGGCGUACGUGGGUCAUACGUGGGGCAUCUCCCUGCUCUUGUGCCUGACUUUGGGGAGGACGGGGGCACAGCAGACAAACUACACCAGGCCCGUGUUCCACUGCGGAGGAGAGCUGGAAGCAGAGUCGGGGUUCGUCGGCAGCGAGGGCUUCCCGAGCUACUACAAGCCAAACAGCAAAUGCACCUGGCUCAUCACAGUCCCCGAGGGAAAAGUGGUCAUGCUCACCUUCCGCAUUUUCGACCUGGAGGCCGACUCGCAGUGUCGCUACGACUACCUGGACGUUUACAACGGCAAGUCCAACACGGUGCAAAAACUGGGCCGGUUCUGCGGAACCUUCCGACCGGGCGCUCUUAUCUCCACCACCAACACCAUGAUGCUGGAGAUGGUGAGCGAUGGCGAGACCCACGGCAGAGGAUUUGUGGCCUAUUUCAGCGGCGCCAAGCCAUACGACCAGGAUCAACAGUUCUGUGGGGGAAAGAUAACAAAAUCCCAGGGAGAGAUCAAAACACCAAACUGGCCGGACAAGAAGUACCCGCCAGGAACCAGCUGCUCCUGGCUCAUCACGGUGGACGCUGAUAAGGUAAUCCAGGUUAGGUUUGACAAGUUCGUCUUGGAGGCGGACACCUAUUGUCGCUUCGACUACGUGGCGUUCUUCAAUGGCGGCGAGAAAGACGACUCACGCCUGAUUGGAAAAUAUUGCGGCGAUCAAGCUCCGCAGCCCAUCGUUACCAGCGGCAACGUGCUCCUGGUCCAGUUUGUGUCGGACCUCAGCGUGACAUCAGAUGGAUUCCUGGCCUACUACACCAGCGUCCCACGCGGCGCUGACAUACCAACAUUGCACAGUGCCGGUGCCGAUACCAGACCUGUUCCAGCCAGACCCCACGUCAGACCCCCUGCACGUGAACGAGUUCCUGACGCCACUGUGCCCCCGCCUGUUGCUACAGCCAAAUAUGUGCCACCGGAACCAACCCAGAGACCCAAACCAGUCCGGCCCACCGCUGGCCGUGGCGAGGGCACCACGGGUCAGGACAGGAGAGUGGUUGUCACCAGACCAAACGGAAAGAGGCCUGUCACUCAGAACCCACUGUGUGCCAAAGCGUGUAAAAGACACGGAACCAUCAAGACCAGUUUCUGUGCCAGCGAAUUUGUGAUUACCGGGAAGGUGACCUCACUGGCCCCCGGACCCCGGGGCACCCUCCUCAUCGGGGUGUCCCUCAUCAAGACUUACAAAGCGGGUCGGCUAACGAUCACGCAAGUUGGAGAGACCAUGUCAGUCAAGCUGGUGUCACAAUGCCGGAAGUGCCCAUUGCUCCGCAGAGGUGCUAACUACAUUAUCAUGGGUCAGGUGGAUGAGGAGGGUCGCGGCAGCUUGCAACCAGGCUCCUUCACCGCUCCGUACAAAGCUCCACAUCACAAAUUAUUGACAAACAUCAACAACCAACCAUGCUAACGAAACAAAUCCUGAACAAGUCCAAGUGUGAUGCGGUUGCAGAGCUGUGAGUUAAUAACGUCUCCGUGAAACACAACAGGGAUGUUAUGGCCCCAUUAAAUGCACACAAAUACUUAAACCUUGUCUGUAAUUUAUGUAUGAAUAAAGGUUUUAUAUCUCUUC